GGAGGUUUUGGAAUUAGUAAAUAAAAUACAUUUUAGCUGACCUGUACAGUGCACAUAAAAAUCUCUAUCCAUUCAACUGGUGUAUAAACAGAAUAAUAGUACGUAGUAUAAAUAAAUGUUGUUCCAAGUGAUGUGAGAUUCUGUGCUGUGUCAAGAUAUAGGACUACGUCUAGUUAUUGACUGGACCACCACUUCUAAAUUGUAAAUACUCUUAUCAAUCAAAUAUAAAUAGGUAAUCCGGGGUUUUGGAUUCUGAUGAAACAUUCGUAAAAGAAAAGACGGUUCUUGGUUCAAGACUGUGGACCCCCGACGGCUUGCUUUUUAAAUAACAGUUGAUAGUUGAGUGGUAAAGCGCCAUGCCUACCAAGAUGGACUAUAAGGUUCCAUUGGGGUCGAAGGAACUACACGCAUACAUAUUGGAUGUAUCAUACUUUAGUGGCAAACUAGAAGCCUAUUUGAAGUACAAAGGGAUUGACUUCAAACGUGUAGAGCUGCAGCACAAAGAUUGGGCAACGACCAUUGCUGAGAAGACUGGUCUGAUGCAAGUGCCUGUUAUUCACGACACAGUAGCAGACGUAUGGUUGAGAGACACAACCCCCAUCAUCGAGCUAUUUGAAGCAGAUGAAGGACUCUCUAAGAAAGCCACAGGGAUUCUACCAGAUUGCCCUGUGCAGAGGUUUGUCUCACACCUCUUGGAAGAUUUUGCAGAUGAGUGGAUGUGGCGACCGGCACUUUACUAUAGAUGGGGGUUCAAAACAGAUAAGGAUUUGUACGGUAGGAGAAUAUAUAUGGAUAUCAAUAGAAAAAUUAUGUUGCCCGAGUUCGUUGCGAAAGCUUCAAUUAUCCGCCGGCAAGUAAAUACUUACCUAUACAAUGAUGGGAUACGAGAUGAGGCUACCAAAGCUAACACCGAGCAGCUCUACCUUGAUGUACUGAACAUCCUACAAAUACAUUUUGAAAAGCACCAGUACAUCUUAGGAACUCAACCAACCAUGGCUGACUUCGGAUUUUUUGCAAGCAUGUUUCGCCAUUUUUCUCUUGAUCCCACCCCUGCUAAGAUUAUGAGACAAAGAGGUCCCGCAGUCUACGAAUGGGUAGCGCGCAUGUGGAACGUCAAAAACCAAGGUCCCGGAUCACCCAGAGUAUCAGCUCCAGAUGGCGAUAUUCCAGAUACGCUUUAUCCUCUUUUUGACAUCAUAAGUGACCAAUACUUACCGUAUUUGAAUGCAAAUGCUGUUGCUUUCAAAAACAAUAAAACAAAGUUCGAUUUUACAGUCGGUGAUGCGUGUUACAAAUUCAACGUGGUACCAUAUCGUGUCUGGUGUAGAGAGAAGCUACAGGACCACUUCAAUGAUAUGCCUUCCGAUGACCAAAAUGCUGUGAGAAUAUUCUUAGAAAAACGGAAUUGUUUCAAGGAACUAUUUUCUGAUGGAAUCAUCCGCUCCAACAAAGACCACAAUGGUGCCGAUCCUCCUUUCUGUAGAGAAAAGAACUAUAAUCUCAUGGAGAAGGUGAAGAUGUACUUUGGAGGUACCCCUUGGCACGAAAGCCAGGAAUCACUACCCAAUAGUUUCUUUAUGGUUUGCACGGUUGUUUGCCUCAUUCUGGGUCUGAUUUUCUUUGGAGUUGGUAUGCUCUUAAGUUUGACAGAUUAA